GACUCAACGAUUACCUCCCAUGGAAACAAUCGACAAACUCCUCCUUUGCCGGCGGCCCACCUCAUCCUGCGCCUGGUGGUAUUGCCGGCUGGUUCAACGAUCGUGUUCGCGCUUUCAAGAACCGAAACAACCGCUCCGCGACAGGCGCCUACGAACAGCCCCUCGCCUCUGGGGGCGCGGGUCCUCAACGAGGCUUUGGGCCACUUGACCCGGACGAGGCAUGGGAUUCGCGCGUCGGGCCCGAGGCGGACAGAUACUACGAGGAAAGAGCCGACACGAGCUACGGCGGCGGCAGUUACAGCAUGAAUCUUGCCGGGCCGUACGGUCGGGACCAUGAUGAUGAUGCGGAAGAGCGCGGCCGGAGUGGUCGCAGGGAAGGGGACAGAAACCCGUUCGAUGACGACCAUGAGGCGAACAGCUUGCGCGGCGUGAGCCCACGGCCAAUGGAUGGAGCGGGCGGCAGGGGGAGUGUUGACACACGGAGGUCGGCGUUUCGCGAAGAUGUAUAG